CUACAUAGUUCCACCGUACUAACCGCUAAAUUAAAGAAGAACCCACCGGCUGUGCGCAUCCGUUCUUCUUGGUUAAACAGUUGAGCUGCAGAAGUCAUCCGCGACUCCGCGAUAUAUAAAUUACUAGAAGAUAGAUCGCGGCGGGCCCUGGAAGUCAUGGCCGACUACGUAAGCAUUAUCAGCGUGUUGGUGUUGUUUUGUUGGGUGUCUGUCGCCGAAGAACAAACAGCCAGUAUACCAACAGAUGUAACAGGGUUAAAAAAGAUAUUUGGACCAAAAUUUGGAAAUUUUGGAAAUCGGCCUCCUCCAAGACAUGACACACCUUCAUCUCCGUGUCAAUGUACUUGUGGGGAGAAGAAUGAAGAUAGUAGAAUAGUUGGUGGAAGACCUACUCAUGAAAAUGAGUUUCCCUGGAUGGCUCGUUUGUCAUACUUCAACAGGUUUUAUUGUGGCGGUAUGCUAAUCAAUGACAGAUACGUCUUAACAGCAGCACACUGUGUUAAAGGGUUUAUGUGGUUCAUGAUCAAGGUCACUUUUGGAGAACACGACAGAUGUAACGACAGCAAACGACCGGAAUCAAGAUUCGUGCUUAGAGCCAUUGCAGGUGCCUUCAGUUUCCUUAAUUUCGAUAACGAUAUUGCCCUUCUGAGGCUAAACGAUAAAGUUCCAAUAACACAGUUUAUUAAACCAAUUUGUCUACCAAAACUUAAAGAUAAUCUCUAUGUGGGUGUAACCGCCAUAGCAUCCGGUUGGGGAACAUUAAAGGAAGAAGGAAAACCAACUUGUAUUCUUCAAAAAGUUGAAGUGCCAGUUAUCACAAAUGAAGAUUGUAGAAAGACAAAUUAUUCAGCUAGUAUGAUUUCAGAUAAUAUGAUGUGUGCUGGAUAUCCUCAAAGCGGAAAGAAGGAUUCGUGCCAGGGCGAUAGUGGAGGACCUCUUAUCACCAAAAAAGCAGAUUCAAAAUAUGAGCUUAUAGGUGUUGUUUCGUGGGGAAAUGGAUGCGCCCGGCCAGGAUAUCCAGGGGUAUAUACAAGAAUCACCAGAUACUUAGAUUGGAUCCUGGAAAACUCUCAAGAUGGAUGUUUUUGUCAAGACUGAAGUAUUUUUAGAACAAUUAGUGUAGUUUAGUACUAGUCCAUAAGUCUUAGUUAGGUAUACUAUAAUAGAAUCUACAGUGUAAGACAUGCCUUAAUUUAUUUUUUAACAUAAAAGUAUGUUGUAAGAACGUUAUACGAAGCAAGGACGAUUAUAUGUUCUAUAAACUU